AUGGUCAACUCUCAUCUGCAAGACAUAUUCAACAUACGAGAUGGAGAUAAGUCUGAUCAGUUCUGCGAACUAAGGCAGCGGUUGGACGAUAUGCCGAUCGGUGGAACCAUGUUUGGUUCCUCCCUAAUGCGUGUAAUUGCUUUGUUUUUAAAAGUCCAAUACAAGAUCAAUGAUAAACUAGAGCACUGUAGAAUAGCUGGAUACAAGUUUUCGAUGCUUUGUAACAAACAUUUUGUUAUUCUCUUUGAAACUGCUCUUACAAUCCCAGACAUUGAGUACGUUCAAGGAGACUUAGUGGAGAUCAAACCAUGGAAGAUGAUAUAUGAGCCACAAGACCUUUGA